UCCCUCUUCCUCCUUCCGUCUCUAACUACUUUGGCCAGCCUUGACGCUUCCGCCCCGUUAUCCUGGACGCUGAUUCCGCCUCCCUGGGCCUGCCUUCCGGAGCCUGGAGCUCGGGGGCUCGGCUUCCCUGGGCCUUCGGCCCCGUGGCUGACACAGUGUGAUCUUGGGUCUUGGCCAUGAACUCCUCUGGAGGAAGGAGGCAGGAAGCAGCAGGGCCCAGGAGAAGGGCUCACAAACCCCGUGAACAGGACCGAGAUGUACAGUUGUCCAAGGCUCUGUCCUACACCCUGCGCCACGGGGCCUUGAAACUGGGGCUUCCCAUGGGAGCCGAUGGCUUUGUGCCCCUGGGUGCCCUCCUGCAGCUGCCCCAGUUCCGCAGCUUCUCAGCUGAAGAUGUACAGCGCGUGGUGGACACCAAUGGGAAGCAGCGGUUCACCCUGCAGGCAGGGGACCCCGGCAUCGGCCUUCUCAUCCGGGCCAAUCAGGGCCACUCCCUGCAGGUACCUGAGUUGGAGCUGAUGCCCCUGGAGACCCCACAGGCCCUGCCCCUGAUGCUCGUCCAUGGCACAUUCUGGCGGCACUGGCCAUCCAUCCUGAUCAAGGGCCUGUCCUGCCGGGGAAGGACGCACAUACACCUGGCCCCAGGACUGCCUGGGGACCCUGGUGUCAUCAGUGGCAUGCGGCCAAACUGUGAAGUGGCUGUGUUCAUCAAUGGGCCCCUGGCCCUGGCAGAUGGAAUCCCCUUUUUCCGCUCUGCCAAUGGGGUGAUUCUGACUCCAGGAAAUACUGAUGGCAUCCUGCUUCCCAAGUACUUCAAGGAGGCCCUGCAGCUACGCCCUACCCGAAAGCCCCUCUCCUUGGCUGGUAAUGAAGAGACAGAAUGUCAGAGUGGCCCCAAGCACAGUUCCAGAGGAAGAAGGGUGACCCAACAAUAAAAUAUUUAUUUUUUUAAAAAUAAAAAAAUGUAACAAAAAAGAAACUCUAAUCUUAAA